AUGCAUCCUCUCGUUUUCCGCCGCGACGAGACGACGCCCGCAGACGAAUUCCUCAAGCUCAUUCAGAAUCCGUUUUCAUCGGCUUUCCAAUUGAACGCUCUGUCUGCCUCCCUGGUCACUUCCGUCGCCGCUGCCGCCCUCCUCGCCCUGCUCUUCUCCCUCUUUCGUCCCCGUCAUUCCGUCGUCUACGCCCCAAAAACCAAGCAUGCAGACCACAAGCACUCCCCGCCUCCAAUUGGCAGAGGCAUCUUCGCCUGGUUCAAGCCCGUCCUGCGUACCAAAGAACCCGAGCUUGUCGAGUGCAUUGGUCUCGACGCUACCAUCUUCCUGCGAUUCACCAAGAUGUGCCGCAAUAUCUUCAUUUUUAUGAGCAUUAUCGGCUGCUCUAUAAUGAUUCCGGUCAAUCUCACGCAAAGCAAGGGUGCUGUUCAACAGGGGUUUUCGGCUUUUACUAUCAUGACACCGAUGUAUGUCAGUACCAUGGCCGUGUGGAGUCAGGUGGCUUGCGCGUGGGCAUUCAAUAUUAUUAUUGUGUUCUUUCUGUGGAGGAAUUACAAGGCUAUUGUUCGUCUUAGGAGAAAUUAUUUUCAGAGUUCGGAUUAUCAGCGUAGUCUGCAUGCACGGACUUUGAUGAUCCUCGAUAUUCCCCAAACUGCACGCUCCGAAGAAGGCAUUAUGCGCCUCACGGAUGAAGUCAAUCCCACUGCAGCACUGCCACGAGCGUCUGUCGGCCGCAACGUCAAGGGUCUUCCCAAUCUGAUCAAGGAACACGAUGAAACCGUCCGCAAACUCGAGUCGGUUUUGGCCAAGUACCUCAAGCGACCCGAUCAGCUGCCACCAAACCGGCCCACCAUGCGUCCACCCCGGAACCACCGCGGUGACACAGUCGGCAAGAAGGUGGACGCCAUUGACUACCUCACCGAUCAGAUCACACGUCUCGAGGAGGAAAUCCGCCAUGUUCGUGCUUCCGUCGAUAAACGGGAUGCCAUGCCGUUUGGUUUCGCCAGUUUCGAUAUGAUCGAGCAUGCGCAUGCGGUAGCCUACACGGCGCGCAAGAAGCACCCACAAGGUACUACCAUUAGUCUGGCUCCCCGGCCGCACGACCUCAUCUGGGAGAACCUGCCUUUGUCCAAGUCAGCACGCGUGUGGAAACGGUUUAUGAACAUUAUUUGGGUUACAGCGUUGACAGUCGUUUGGAUCGCGCCCAACGCUAUGAUUGCCAUCUUUCUGUCCAACCUGAACAACCUGGGUCUGGUUUGGCCGGCCUUCCAAACCUCGCUCAAUGCCAACCCCAAGGUUUGGGCUGCGGUGCAGGGUAUUGCGUCCCCUGCUAUCACAUCGUUGGUUUAUUUAAUUCUGCCUAUCAUCUUCCGUCGUUUGGCGAUCCGAGCAGGUGACGUGACCAAGACUUCUCGAGAGAGACAUGUGCUUCACCAUCUGUAUGCGUUCUUCGUCUUCAACAACUUGAUUGUAUUUUCUCUCUUCUCAGCCGCCUGGACUUUCGUCUCUACUGUGAUCGAAGCCAACCAGCACGAUGAAAAUGUGUGGCAAGCACUCAAAGAGGGCGAGCUUUACUCCAAGGUCAUUAGUGCUUUGUGCAAUGUAUCACCCUUCUGGGUGUCCUGGCUGCUGCAGCGGAACCUGGGAGCUGCCAUUGACCUGGUGCAGCUCGUCAGCCUGUUCUGGAUUUGGUUCGUCCGGACCUUUAUGUCGCAGACGCCGCGACAGGCGAUCGAACGGACGGCGCCUCCAUCGUUUGACUAUGCUAGUUAUUACAACUACUUCUUGUACUACGCAACGGUGGCUUUGUGUUUUGCGACGUUGCAGCCCAUCGUGCUGCCAGUCACGGCCGUGUACUUUGGGUUGGAUGCCUUGCUGAAGAAGUACCUGCUGCUGUACGUAUUCGUGACCAAGAAUGAAUCUGGCGGCCAAUUCUGGCGUGUCCUGUUCAACCGAAUGGUGUUUGCGACUAUCCUGUCGGACAUCAUCAUCGCGCUCGUGACCAAGGUCAAAGGCACAUGGACCAUGGUGUACUGUGUGGUUCCGCUACCGUUUCUGGUGCUGAUCUUCAAGUUCUACUGCAUGAGAAAGUUCGACACCGACACCAAGUACUACAAUCGGGCAGAUUUGAGCGAUGCGGAAGCGCUGGCAGCCGGCAAAUCUGGUCGCAAGGCUUCAGAACGACUCAGCAGCAAGUUCGGCCAUCCGGCUCUGUACAAACCCCUCAUCACUCCGAUGGUGCAUGCUCGGGCGGCCGAUGCACUGAAGAAGAUCUACCGGGGGCGUCUACACAACUCCAUGGCGGAGGGCGAGUACUCAGACAUUGCCUUGAACCCAAUGUCCGCCUCGCAUCCUGGCAAGUCGGAUCCGUCCGCCACAGCUCCAUUCGAAGUUGUUCCAGAGAACCAGCUGGACUUCUCGUACUUCAAGGACCGCCCCGAAUUCCGAGACGAGUUUGGCGGUGGAAUCUACGGUCGUCCAGAGGAUCUCAUCACAGAACGAUCCCAUACACCACGCAGCAUGCUGGGCGGCGAAUGGUCACCCAGCUCAUCGCGCGCGUCCUCACCAGCUCCAUCAGGACUCUCCAUGUCCAUGUCCGCAUUGCCAGCAGACCCCUAUAGCCAUGUCCACCCAGUCUUCCGUCCACCAUUGUCUCGCGGUGAUAGCGGUCCCGUGGGACGAGGCUUGUACCAACAGACAACUAACGAGAGUGAGACAUCACUGCUUGACCAGGCGCAAGCGCCUGCGCAGACGGAGGUGCCUCCUGCAGCUUUGGACCGCUGGCGUACCGGGGGGUACGGACCUGUUGAGCAGGAUGACGACCCUGGUUUUAUGUCAUAUGAGUCGUAUCGGAUGGCAAGGUAG